AAUAUAUUAUCAUGAAUGACAUAUCUUCUUCAUCUUCUCAUAUGCUCUUGACUGUUUUUCUUCACAAUGCUGAUAUGUUUAUUUUUAUUCAUGUAAAAUCUUCAUGCAUUGACAGAUCUGUGUCUGCUGAUAAUAGUGAACUCAAUGUUGAAUCAUUGAUUGAGAACUUGAAGAACACAAUAAUGAAGAAAUUGUCUGUGCUAUGUGUAGCUGAGUCUCUCAUGUCUCUCUCUGCCCUCUCUGUUUCUUUCUCUGCCACUUUCCCCUCUCAAUCUCCUACACCUGCUCCUGUGUCUGAUUCUCCCACUUCUGCUAUUUCUGUCCCUGUGUCUGGUUCUCCCGCUUCUGCUACCCCUGCUCUCUCUAGUUCUAUCACCUCUGCUUUCAUUAUCAGCUCUCCUCAUUUCAAGAAGAUGUUGUAUAGACUUGAUGAACUGCAUUUCUCAGCAUAUAUACUCUUAUUCUUCUUGUUAAUCUCUAGAACAAUUUAUUAUAUCUGUGUUUUCAGAAACAGAAAUACAGAUGUUAUACUCUUUUACAUCUGUGAGCAUGAGACUU